AUGGGUAACGGAUCUGGCCAACGGCCACUCUCCGAAGUGAGUCCCAUGGCUCAAAGGCGCAACUCGCCUAGCUGGAAUCAGGUCACUAAGAUGCCGCAUGGCGAAUCGCCUGCUUACGAUGUCUCUUCUCUGAAUAACAAUAACUCCCCACGCCUCUUUUGGAAAGGUCGUGACUCACCAUCGCCGUUUCCCAAGGGCGCCGAGAAUAAAGCGCCAUAUGACCCAGAGGGGUGUUAUUUCCCCGCAAAGCGCCCAUCUCUCGAAAAUUUGAAACGCGUGUCGAAGGUCAAAAACCACAGUAUGUUUCUCGAAGGCAGUCAAGAGUAUGACCCGGCUUCGGUAUCAUUUCCUCAAAGACCGUUGGCCUCUGAGAGGUCCCCCCAACGGAACAGCCAAAUGAAUGUUGCAAAGUCUCAAUUCGACGAAGAUACCACCCAGAUUCCUCGCCCAUCAUCCCCUAGCAAAGACCAGGCGUCACCAAGCAAGUCCUCGCUAUCCAGAGCUAGCCGGUAUGGCAAGGGGUUCGAUCCUCAGAAUGAUAUUUGGUCCGAGUAUGGCAGCGCUGGGCAUCGACAUGCGAAGAGUGUUACAUUUGACCACGCACCUCCUCAAAUCAAUGAAUAUGAAAUGACAACCCCGGAUCUUUCCUCACUUGCGUCUGAGUCACGAGAGAAUAGCUAUGAGUCAGAUGAAGAGGAGGAUGUUAGUUUUGAGGCUGAAUCGUCCAUCGAGCGUGAUGAUAGCUUUGACGCUUCACUGGAAGAUGUCGAGAAGACCCCUGUUGUGUUGCCUGAAGACUGGCGUUUCAUGAGCCCCGGCACAAACAGUGAUAGCGAUCCCUUUAUCGAAGACGUUGAAGAAGACGGCAUCGAGGACCGACCUAUCUCACGCGAAGGAGGAUCUUCUCAGCAUACACGCGUCGAAUCACUGGAUUCAAAUGGCGAGCGACGUCCUCUCCCACCUUUACCAUCGGUCAAUCGUAUGUCUGCUGCGCGUCCAUCCUCGGCUGGUAAGCCCGCCGCUGCUUUUGAGCUUGGUGGUGCAGGCCAGCGUGUGCUCCCUGCACCUCUGGCCCCUAUCUCAUAUACCAAGUCUGAUAUUGCCGGAGCUGUGUCUAUAGAAGAGAGACUCCGUCUCAUGAUGCUGCACGAGAGAGAUGAUGACGAGACACAUGAUGACCAUGCUCAAAACAUUGAGGAACCCUUGGACCUUCCUAGAGCAGAUGAAAACAUUACGUCAAAAGAUGAUACCCACACAGAAGACGAGGCCAAAGAGAACUUCUUUUCUCCACCUCGCAUCUCUCGCGACUCUAUCUUGCGAGGAAUCCGCAAGGGUGACAAUUAUGAGGACGACAGCGACGAUGACUCUUCUCAAAUUGCUUCCAGCCCCCAACGUUAUGACCAUUAUGACCCUGAUGUUCCCAUUCCAUCCAUGGAAACCGACGACGAUGACUCCUCCAGUGUAAUCAUUAAGCAGGAAGAGCAUGAUGAAGACUUGUACUCUAUCACGGAUUAUUAUCAAAACAGGUCUGACAACAGCUUGUCAUCCCGUGAACAAAGGGCCAAGUACGACGAGGAUAGCAAUUACUCCCUACGCUCUGCUGCCGAAGCCGCCGAGCGCGAACAAUUUAGACAUGAUAGCUACAAACAGGGAUCUGAACAGACUACCCCUCAAGCUGAAACAAAGGCCCAUGCCGAAAAGCAGGAUGCGCAGCAGUACAAAGAGCCAAACGACUCACAAGGCCAGUCCUUCGACAUGACGUCUAUCCGUCAGUCUCUCGCACGCCCUAUCACCCCUGAUAUGCACGAAGGACAGGCUUCUGAGCCCUCUACUCCGGAAUCUGUCAUUCGUCAUCCAAUCGAGGACGACGAUGACAAAGAAGAAGAGGAAGAAGGGGAAGAGGAGCCGCAGUUGGAGGAUGAUGAGAGCUCAUCCGACGAGUGUGUUCCGGAACCAGUCGCCACAAUUCGAGCCCCUGGUGCUGGUCUCAAGACCCGACCCUCACUGACCCCUGCUGAUAUCCAGUCCAUGGCUGCUACCCGCCGUCAGAUCAGUGGCCAACAUAUUCCACCUGUUCCUCCAUUGACCAAGCAGGUCUCCAAUGACUCCAACUCUUCGGACCAUGAAGACAAGCAGACUGACUUGCCACCGAAGCUGGGACUACCCACAGAUGUUGCCCAGCGACAAAGCAGUUGUUUGAAGCUUGACAUUCCCUUCAGUAUCCAGGAAGAAAGCCUCGGCUUUGGACUGGACAAGGAGUUCGAUCGUGUCAUUGAAUCCCAAAAGGUUGCGUUUUAUCUUGCCCUUUCCCAAAGCCCUAGCUCUGUGCCUUCAUCGGCAAUAGGACCCAAGGAUCCCAUGACCCUAGGAAAUAGUGUACACCCCGCUGACUCUCCUACUCCAAAACAGAGAGGUUAUCUUAUGAGACAGAACACCAAAGUUAUCAUUGCCAGCAGUCGUAAUGAAGAAGAAGCCAUGCCUUCCACCGACCAGACUGCCCAAGACCCGCGCGGUACACGUUCUGCUGGGUCCUCUCCACGCAAGCCCAGUCAGCAGACCUGGACCACUGUCCCGUGGAACGGCUCAGCACGGCGCCCAAGUAUUAAACCUACUACCGGUAUCCCGAAGAAAAAGCCUGUCCCUGGUGUGGGUGGAGUCCCGCCUCUGCCUGGACAGCCCAGCAAUGUCCAGGAAGCCCCGGCAACUAUCGAAGAGAACGAGCCAGCUAUCUCCGAAUCGUUUGAAGAUGGCGAAGAGCGAGGGCGUUUGUUUGUGAAGGUUGUAGGCCUCAAAUAUUGUGACCUUCCUCUCCCACGCGGUGAACGGUCAUAUUUCGCACUGACUUUGGAUAACGGACUGCACUGUGUUACCACAUCCUGGUUGGAAAUGGGCAAAUCUGCUCCCAUUGGACAGGAAUUUGAGCUCAUUGUCCAGAAUGACCUCGAGUUCCAAUUGACCUUGCAGAUGAAGAUUGACGAGAGCAAGUUCCAAACCCAAGAACCAGCGGCAUCCCCAUCACGCCAAAAGGCGUCAGCUCUCAGCCGUGUAUUUGCAUCGCCACGCCGGCGCAAGGAGCUUGACAUAAAGCAACAGAUGCAAUCCCAGGAACAGAAGGCCAAGGACGUUAAUGCCCCUGUAUACGAACGACUUCGAAACUUGGUUGCGCGUGACGGUAGCUUUGGCCGCGCAUAUGUGGCUUUGAGCGACCAUGAACAGCAGGCCUUCGGCCGACCCCACAUUGUUGACGUUGCUUGCUUCAACGAAUGGGCAGUUGAGGAACAAAUGAGUAGCGUCAAGAGCAAGAAGAGUGCGACUAGCAUCAGUACGCAGCGUCGACCACCAUACAAGAUUGGAAAGUUGGAAGUGCAACUUCUCUUCGUGCCUAAGCCCAAGGGUAGCAAGGAUGAUGACAUGCCGAAGAGCAUGAAUGCCUGCAUUCGCGAAAUGCGUGAUGCAGAGAGUGUUGCAUCUCGCUCUUGGGAAGGGUUCCUUUCCCAGCAGGGUGGUGAUUGCCCAUACUGGCGCCGUCGCUUCUUCAAGCUUCAGGGAUCCAAGUUAACGGCCUUCCACGAAACAACGCGCCAACCCCGCGCUACAAUCAACCUAGCCAAAGCCUCAAAGCUCAUUGACGAUCGAUCCUCUCUACUUCAGAAGGAGACCAGCACGAAGGGUGGUUCUCGCCGCAAGUCCGCCUUUGCUGAGGAGGAAGACGGUUACAUGUUUGUCGAGGAGGGAUUCCGCAUCCGCUUUGGCAAUGGUGAAGUGAUCGACUUCUAUGCCGAUAGUCCUGCAGAUAAGGAGGGCUGGCUCCGGGUCAUGUCGGAAGCUGUCGGGAAGGGUUCUACCUCCGGCAAUGGUGCACUCAAGCCCUGGGCUGAUCUUGUGCUCAAGCGCGAGCGUAGCAUGAAAGCCAAUAAUCAGACUGCUGCCCCUCGUCGUCCACCUAGUGGGAUUCCCACUCCACCUGCCAGGGUCCCAUCUCCUGUUCGGAACCAAAAUAGUGCCAUGACGGGCCCUCCAUCUUCCGCAGGGUCUGCCAUGACAGGACCUCCAUCUUCUGCAGGGUCUGGGGCGCCGGCGCCUCAAUCCUCACGUCCUCGACACAAGCACACCUACUCUCAACCCGAGAUGGGUAGUGCUGACGCGCGUCGCCAGAAGACCCGCUCUCUCAUGUUCUAA